AUGGAGAUGUUCAGAGAAGGAGGUUCCACAUCUCGACCCCCAAUGCUUGAAGGGGAAAAUUAUCCUUACUGGAAGACAAAAAUGCGUGCAUUCUUGAGAGUUGUUGACGAACGGGUGUGGAUGGGUGUUGAAGAUGGAUGGAAGUGUCCAACCUUUGUUGAAGAUGAGGUUGUUAAGCCUAAACAAAUAAGUCUAUGGACUACAGAGGAGAUGGAAAGGGCCAACUUUAAUUCAAAGGCUAUGCAUGCUCUCUUUAAUGCAGUUUCUACAAAUCAGCUUAAAGUUAUAGCCAACUAUGAAAUUGCCAAAGAAUCUUGGGAGAAACUGAGAAUAAAAAAUGAAGGAACUGAUGCUGUAAAGAAGUCUAGACUAAGAGCUUUGACAAAAUCCUUUGAAAAUCUGGCUAUGGAGGAGGAAGAAAUUGUAGCGGAGUUCCAUGCCAAAUUGUGCGAUAUCUCGAAUGAAUCUUAUGCACUUGGAAAGACUUACUCAAACGCAAAACUAGUUCGCAAGGUGCUUGGAGUUCUACCUCGAAAGUUCAUGUCAAAAGUUACCUCUAUAGAAGUAAUAAGAAAUGUAGAGGAGCUUGAUCUUGAUGAGUUAAUUGGGUCAUUGCAUAACUAUGAAAUGAGUCUCACACAGUGGAAAAAAGGCAAGAAGCAGAAAGAUUCUGAAAAAAAAACUGAUAAUAGUCUUGCAUUUGUGCAUAAGGAGGAAAAGAAGUUGAUCUCAGAUGCAUCUGAGGGAUUCACUGAUGAGACUUUUUCUUUGCUGACCAAGAAUUAUGCAAAAUUCUUGAAAAGGAAUUACAAGAAAAACUUUCCAGGAGGAAAAGAGAAUGGUCCCAGAAGAAACUUUGGUGGAAACAAUAAGCAAACCCAGCAGUUUGGUGACAAGAAAAAUAGGGGAAUACAGUGCCGAGAAUGUGACGGUUUCGGACAUAUUCAAGCUGAGUGUGCAAACACUCUUAAGAAGAAGAAAGCCUUAGCAGCUACCUAUAGUGAUAGUGAUGAAGAAAAGAGCUCCAGCUCAAGUGACAAGUCUGAUGAAGAGAAACAGGUUGUGGCAUUUGUGGCAAAGAGUCAUCAAUCAAUGUGUUCAGAGGAAGAUGGAAACUCAAGCUCAACUGAUGAGUACAGUGAUGGGAGACAACAUGCAUAUGAGGAGAUGUUCGCUCAAUGGGAGUAUAUGGCUAAACAAAUCAAAGGUCUCACUUGUGCCAAACAACAACUUGAAUCUGAGAAGGAUGGGUUGGAGGACACUGUUAAAAAGCUCAUGAAACAGCUUGAUGAGAAGAACAGAUAG